AGCCACCAUGGCGCACGGCGGGCCACGCGUGUCCGCCGCUGCCGCUCCGCGCGGGGCCGCCCGCCUGCCGCCCCUACUGCUGCUGCUGCUCCUGCUGCUGCCGCUGCCGCCGCCGCCGCCGCUGCUGGGCGCCGCCGCCGCCGCGUUGGGCUGCGCGGAGCCCCGCGGCCGCCCGCGCCCCGGAGCCCUGACCCGCGGGGCGCGCAGCCCGCCGGAGGCGCGGCGCGGCGGCGGUGGGGGGGCGGCGGCGGCAGAGAGCGGCCGCCCCAGGAGAGCAUCCUCGGCGGCGGGCCGGGAGCAGGUCUCCCUCAUCAGCACCUCCUUCGUGCUCAAAGGGGACGCGUCUCACAACCAGGCGAUGGUGCACUGGACGGGCGAGAACAGCAGCGUGAUCCUGAUCCUUACCAAGUAUUAUCAUACUGACAUGGGGAAAGUGCUGGAGAGCUCUUUGUGGAGGUCCUCAGAUUUUGGGACGUUAUACACAAAGUUGAAUCUACAGCCUGGAAUUGCCACUGUUAUUGACAAUUUCUACAUUUGUCCUACCAACAAAAAAAAGAUAAUUCUUGUAAGUUCUUCCCAUAAUGACCGUGACCAAAGCCUUUUCAUAAGCAUGGAUGAAGGAGCCACAUUCCAGAAACAACCCAUUACUUUCUUUGUGGAAACUCUCCUUUUUCACCCAAAAGAAGAAGAUAAAGUACUUGCAUACACCAAGGAAGGCAAGGUUUAUGUAUCCAUUGACUUGGGGAAAAAAUGGAUCCUUCUGCAGGAACGAGUUUCAAAAGAUCAUAUUUUUUGGGCCGUUGCUGGAGUUGACAGAGACCCUGAUUUAGUUCAUAUGGAAAUCCAGGACCCCAGUGGAGGUUAUCGCUACAUCACUUGCCAGAUUCAAAAUUGCUCUGAAAAGAUAAUGACAGUCCAGUUUGCUGGUGGCACUGAUCGGGAUUCCCUGACCGUGCAGGAUGACUACAUAUUUCUUCAGACAACAUCAGCAAAUCGGACCAAGUAUUAUGUGUCUUACCGUCGAAAUGGUUUUGUACAGAUGAAGUUGCCAAAAUAUGCAUUGCCAAAAGAUUUACAGAUAAUCAGUACAGAUGAAAAUCAGGUAUUUGUGGCUGUUCAGGAGUGGUACCAGACAGACACAUACAACCUGUACCAGUCUGACCCGCAAGGUGUUUACUACUCUAUCCUGCUGGAGAAUGUCCGGAGCACAAAGCAGCCAGAAGAGAACGUCCUGAUAGAUAUUCUGGAGGUCAGAGGUGUCAAAGGAGUCUUUCUGGCCAACCAGAAAAUUGAUGGGAAAGUUACAACUCUGAUAACCUACAACAAAGGCCGUGACUGGGAUUUUCUAAACCCUCCAGACAUUGAUAUGAAUGGCAAACCGACAAACUGCAAACCUCCUGAUUGCUACCUUCACCUCCAUCUCCGCUGGGCAGACAAUCCCUAUGUGUCAGGAACAGUCCACACGAAGGACACUGCACCAGGGCUCAUAAUGGGGGCAGGUAACCUGGGGUCCCAGCUGGUUGAGUAUAAAGAAGAGAUGUACAUAACAUCUGACUGUGGGAAGACGUGGCGUCAGGUCUUUGAAGAAGAGCACCACAUCUUGUACCUGGACCAUGGUGGAGUUAUUGUGGCCAUCAAAGACACCUCUAUCCCUCUGAAAAUACUCAAGUUCAGCAUAGAUGAAGGCCAGACUUGGAGUACACAUAAUUUUACCAGCACUUCAGUCUUUGUAGAUGGAUUACUUAGUGAACCUGGAGAUGAGACACUGGUCAUGACAGUCUUUGGACAUAUUAGCUACCGUUCGGACUGGGAACUGGUGAAGGUGGACUUCAGACCGUCCUUCCCCAGGGAGUGCACUGAUGAUGACUAUGAGUCUUGGGAGCUCACAAAUCUACAGGGUGAUCGUUGCAUCAUGGGCCAGCAGAGGAGCUUUCGAAAGAGGAAGAUUUCAUCAUGGUGCAUUAAAGGGAGAAGUUUCACAUCAGCUCUUACAUCCAAAGUUUGUGAAUGUGUGAACUCUGAUUUCUUAUGUGAUUAUGGGUUUGAGCGUUCUGCACCUCUGAAGUCGGAGUCUAGCAAAUGCUUUGCUGACUUUUGGUUUAACCCUGAAGCACCUCCUGAAGACUGCGUGCUGGGGCAGGCAUACACCAGCAGCACUGGGUACAGGAAAGUUGUUUCUAAUGUGUGUGAAGGUGGCGUAGACCUGCAGCAGAACUUAGCACAGCAUAUGUGUCCAUCGAUUGCUCCCAAGGGGCUUCAGGUCAGCAUCAGAGAAGAAAGCCUGGCUGUUAAGCCUGGCGAAGACAUCACCUUCGUCGUCAGACAAGAGCAGGGUGAUACAUUGAAUACCAAAUACCAGGUAGAUCUUGGAGAUGGCUUUAAGGCAAUAUAUGUGAACCUUACGAUGACUGGAGAACCCAUUCGUCACCGCUAUGAGAAUCCUGGGAUUUACCGUGUCUCGGUGAAGGCUGAAAAUGUGGCUGGGCAUGAUGAGGCUGUGGUGUUCAUCCAAGUCAACUCUCCACUGCAGGCUUUAAAUUUAGAAGUGGUUCCAGUCAUUGGGAGAAACCAGGAGGUGAACCUGUCAGCCAUCAUACUGCCUAAGAACCCUAAUUUGACAGUCUUCUACUGGUGGAUAGGAAACAAUCUUCAGCCGCUCCUUACGUUGGAGAGUUUUCUGGUGACAAAGUUUGCUGAGACAGGUGACAUCAGAGUUACAGUGCAAGCUUCCUGUGGGAGCUCCAUGCUUCAGGACUCAAAAGUUGUCCACGUUUUUGAUCAUUUCCAUGUUCUUCCUCUGAAGUUUACUAAGCACCUGGACAUGUAUAACCCCGACAUACCGGAGUGGAGGGAGGACAUAGGGCGGGUAGUAACACGACUUCUUGCAAAGGAAACCAAUAUACCUGAAGAAACUCUCAUGACAGUCGUGAAACCCGGUCUGCCCACAACUGCUGACUUGCAUGUGCUACUACCAGCAAACCAACCAAAAAGGAAAAGAAGUGUGACUAGUGAUAAGAGAAUCGCAGCUAUCAAGCAAGCCUUGAAUGCACACAACAUCAGUUUCUUUCUGAGGGGAGGAUACUGGGUCCUAGUGACUUUAGCUGACUCCAGUUCAGACUCUCAGAGGAUUGGAGGAGGCAGUGGCUACUGGGCUAUUGUGGUUCUCUUUGUUAUCUGUCUAGCUGCAGUUGGGGCUUUCAUCCUCUACAAGUUCAAAAGGAAACUGCCAGGCAGAAAUGUCUAUGCCCAGAUGCACAACGAAAAAGAGCAGGAGAUGACAAGCCCUGUUAAUCAUAGUGAGGACACCCAGAACAUCAUCCAGGGUGAGGAGUUUAUUGAUGAUGAUCUGGACUCUCAAACACUAGGUAACGCAAGAGUGACUCCUUCUGGGAGAAGUGGCAACUUGAACAGCUACAGAGUUCCCUUAUUGCUGAUGCCGGUCAGUGUCCAGUCCCAGGCAAUCACUCAGGCGUGGUUUUGAGCAUCAACUCCAGAGAGAUGCACAGUUACCUGGUUAGCUGAUAUUUACAGCUGAACACAAAAACCGAAAGACUCUUCUCUGUAUCGUUUUAUUUUUCCCUGGUGAUGUCACAAAAUUGCAAAUAUGGCUGUAAAUGCUGGUGGAGAGGAGGUUUCUUAUCAGUCCCGUGGAAAAAAGCAUCCUUCAUCAGUUACCAAGGGAGAAGGAUAAUACGCAUUGUGUUGACUCUAUGGCCUGGGAACUCGUUCCAAUUGAAACUCAAACUAUGGUAGCAAAUUUGUAGCCCUAGGCACCUUCAAUGCCACCUUGUUUCUUUUCUGUAUAUGCUCUAGUUCUUUAGGUUUAUUUUUAGAAGGAUUGACUGUAACUUUUUAAUUAUAUUUUUAAUUGAGGUAUUCAGCGGAAGGCUGGGACUCAUCAGCCGGAAAAGGUGAUUUUUACACAAGCGACUAGACCAGAACAGAUGGUUGGUUGAUCAUGAUGACGUUUUUUUAGGAGGCCAAGUGUUUCUGUACUGGGAGAGGACUGAGCGAGGAGACAAAUGCACUUCUAGUCGAUACAAGCUCUUAACUUAAACAUGUGUCAGACAAUCUAAUGAAUUUAGGCUUAGGCCCUUCUGUGGAUUAAAGGAAGUAAAGUGUUAAUUAAGAUAUCUCAUAAUAUAGGAUAAUGCUCUUGUAAGUUCAGCAAGUCCUGACAAACCAUCAGCACCAGUAUCUUUCCCAGUCCCACCCCAUGUGAAAGAAAAACACCAGCUUGAUGCUAUUUCCAGACCAGGUGCCUUCACUUGCGGACAGUCAUUUCAGUUGCUCCCUUCUUGUCUCAUAAGCGAGCACCUUUAGGACGAUGGCAGCUGCCGGAUGAGUUACCCUGUAAAACCCCAUGCUGGUGGCCCAUCUCUUUUUAAAUUUGCAGAGAGUGUAAAUACCUCUUUUAAGUCGCUUUCUUAGUAUGGUUAUUUUUUUAAAACUUCCUAUUAGGGCAGAGGUGCCAGGUAGGUCGGAGCUCUCCUCCGGGCAGGACUGGGUAGCUCACCACUGUCCCCUUCCCACUUGCAUCCUUUGGGAUUUUCCCUGGCUGUUUGCCCUGGCAGACAGGGGUGGGCAAACUCUGAGCUGACCUUUGCCGCUCGGGUUGGUUUGACAAUCCAGAGGGUCAUGGGGAGGGAGGAUGGGCUGUGAUUUAGGGGUUCGUAUUUCCUUUCCGUCACCACAGGGUGUCACUCAGUCCCUACCACCGCCGGCCCCCAUUUCUGCAGGGCGGGCAGUGGGGCUUCUGAAGGAGCUGCCUGCAGAAAGGCUUGUGAAUCAGGUCAGAGUUUCCUAAUCCCAAUUUUGUGAGUUGGGUCAGAGUUUCCUAGUCCUGACCCCUGCAUCCCUUGGGAAUGGCUGUGCGGUGAAUCCACACCCCGCUGGUCGUUUCCCUGAGGUUUAUGGAGCCGUGUAGGAAACGGACUGUGGUGUGAUGAGUUUAAACAUCUGGCAUCCUAUGUGUCACAGCUGCCUGGGAUUAGGAUGCUUCUCUCAGAAACCUAUAUAAUCUCUUCACUUUUUGCCUUCGAUAGAGAAUAAAUAGCUCUUUACUCACUGAAUGUCAUACUGAUGUAGUGGCAAGCUCGCACACCACCUUGCUUAAGGAGGAUACAGAUAGCUAACUACAUCUUUCUGAAUAAACAAACAGAAAAUAAUGCUGGUAAGACAGAAAAGGACUGUCUUAAAAUUAUCGUAUGCAUUGAAGUCAUUCUUCCAUGUAGCUGUGGAUAUCCUAGAGCAUAUUGUCAUCAAAUGCAAUGGACUGGGAUGUAAUAAUUCAGUGUAGUAGGCUCUCACUAACCCCGCAGGAUGUAUGUGUAAAGCACAAGAAAAUCUAGAUUAUAAACUUACUGUAAGGAACUAGGUGAAAAAGUUUAAGUGAAGAUUCUGAAAAGCGCUUGCAAACUGCUCAGGAAAAUAAUUACAAAAAUUGUUCUAAAAUUUCUGCCUAUGUAGUUAUAGAGUGCCAUGUAAACCAAUUUACGGAGAAGCAAUGCUCUUGCUGACUGUUGUAUGCCAGACUGUGUAGAAAUCCAAGGUGUUACGUGUAUCUGAGUCUGGGUUCCCUGAAGCGAAGCGUAAAUACAAAAUGUGCUGUGCAUUGGAAACUCUCGGGAUCGUUGCACCAGAGGUCUUUCUGUUCUCACCAGCUCUUUAUGCUUUUUCUAGUGGAAAUGAGCUGGAACAGAGAAUAAAAUAGUAUUGCAAACAGCUUACUUGUUCCUGUGAAAUAAAUCUGAAGUGGGUUAUUUGUAUAGGGCAGGUGAGUAGCAGAUUAGCCUCAUGGACAAGGGAUGGGAUGGAAGUUCUAGCUCGGAGUUGUUUUCCCACGGUUUGUCGGGUUGGCAAAGGACACUGUUGCAGCUAGGUCACACAUCUAAUUUAUGCUUUCACAGCUAUUUUUAUACAUUUAAUACAGGGUGAUUUGUGUCUCUGAUAACAGGAAUCUUUUGGAACACCGUAGAAUAUUUAACCGCUUGGUACUCUAAUUAACACUUAGCACAAUAUAGUGCCUGUAAUAAUGUUUUUCGAUGCUUAUUAAUUUGAUUCAUGCAGCACUCCUGUGAGGUUGGUUUGUCAUGUCUUAAAAACAUUGUUUUCUAAUGAGUUGUCGGUAUUGCCAUAACUGUAUUAAUAAUACCCAGCAGAUAAUAAAGGAAGCCUUUGAUUCCCUGGCAAGAAUAACUUUAAAACGAAUUAUUUUAAAACUGAGAAAAUACCAUUACCAUUUUCCCAUUCAUGGUGUCUUGGUUUAUCUUUAAAUGAAAUGUCUCACUAGGGCUACAUUUUGAAUCUCUUGAACUACAUCCAUGACAUCUUAGCAUUUUAUCCUUUAUAUGUAUCUAAGAUCCUGAUGCAUUCUUAUACAGAAACAGAGUUGUUUCUAUGCACAAACGCUAGUCACGCAUGCAUGCACACAGACGUGCAGUAUUUGUACAUAUUCCAGUUAAAUUUGUUAGUGGGGAAGGGUGAUUUGAUGGCUAAGAAACAAGAUGGCUGUCAGGUACCUGUAUUCUGUACGCACUCUGGGCAAGUUACUUAACCUGUAUGUGCCUCAGUUUCCCCACCUGUAAAAUGGGGCUGAUAGUAAUUACCUACCUCACAGGGGUAUUGUGAGGCUCAAUUAAUCACUGUUUGUUCAGGAUCUUCAGAGUGAAAGAAUUUUCUGAGCAUAAAUUAUUAAUAGUUUCGCUUUCUUUGUUUCACAUGUAAUUAUUGCUGUUAUUAAAGGUAGUCUGCUGAAACCAGAUGCAAUUAUGUACAAUGUAAAAAAUGCAUAAUCUGAAAAAGGUACAUCACUGUUAAAAAAAAAGGUAACUUUAUUUUAAAACUGUUAUUGGAACGUACUGUUAUGUGGUAGCAUUGCAACAUUGGCCGUAAUUUUGCUGUUAUACACUAGUAUCUUAAAUUUACUUUUCUGCAGUGUUAUUUGGUCAAAAGCCUUAUAAUAAUGGGUACAGUGAUACUUACCAACAUUGAUAUUGAACUAUACUGAAACCAACAAAACUGGCAGUGUAUUGGCCUCAUUCACACCUUUUGAUCUUAAACUCUGAUGUAUUUGCAUUUUCAAAAACACCCUGUACUUUUCAGAGUGCUCCAAGCUGUACUGAUUUGAACCAUUCUAACAGAGCCAUCAAGAUUUACAGCUGGUAUCUUUGCUUUCCCUUUUGAUAUUGAAUGUUUUAUAUGGCUUUGGAGUGGUCUAUCCAUAUAAAGUGCUCAGAAAUGCUCAGAAGACCUUUAGGGAAAAUCCACACAUAGUGUAAAUUAAUUUCUCAAAAAUAAAAGCAAUAUAAAUCAAUGUAUGUUUUUAUACCCUGUAGAAGAGAGUGGUGGAAAUGGCUGUGAAGAAAUAGAAGGUACCAGCCUGAGGCAAGAUGUUGUUAUCUCCAAUUCACAUCCAAUUUCCUUGAACUCUUUUUGGAUAUUCUCAUUGAAUUAUAUUCUUCCUGAUGAGUUUUCUGCUUUCAAUGACCAGUUUAAAGAGGAGUAAAGUGUUUAUUCAUAUAAAGUAGAUGAUUUGUUAAAUGACUGUCCUCUGGACAGACAGGGCCAAAUCAGCACUUUGCCAUUAGUAGUUCCUAGUGCAAAGCAGAUUUCAUCUGACAUGAUUAUGAUGGUUAGCUGUGGUUUAGGUUCAAUGAGACAUCACUUUAGUGGGAAUACUCUACUACUGUAUGCUGUCUCUUUAACAGAGGUCAGUAGAAUGGAACUGCAGUGGUUUCCAUCCCUCUUACACAAAUACAUGCUCAAAGAAAUGGGGGGGGGGGGUGUGUAUUAUUUUUAAGAAAUUAAAUACAUGCAUUUGUUUGCAGUAACUUUUUGAUGAUGAACCAGUGGUUCUGAUAAGCUUUGAAUUUCUAGUGUUAUUUCAAGUUGAAUACAAUGUUGCUAAGCUGAUGACAGAAUCGAUGACAAUUUCAGUCACAGAGUUUUCCUAUGUUUCCUAUAAAACAAUAUUUUGUAAUUUUUCAUUAAUGAAACAUUGAGAGGAAAAGAGAGACUGAAAUUUUUAUUUCAUUGCACAAUCCCUGACAGUUGGAGUUGUUAUUGUAUAUUGAUUGAUACCGCUGUAUUGUUUCUAUCUUCAUUUUUAUUUCAGACUUUUAGAUGGAAGUAACUGCACAUUUCUCUCAAAAUAUUGGCUUUCCACCAGAAAGAAAUUUAUAAGCAUUUACCUUUACAAAUAUUGAUUUUAGAGAUGAAAAAUUUUGUUGUGUCUUCUAAGUCCAUCCAAAAAGCUGCUUCCUGGCUCAUGUUCUCUGUUCUAGUCCCAAUUGCACAUUGCUUCUACAACUUUCUUUACGAGAUUGGCAUAUAGCCUAAUCUUACUAGUCUGAGAAAGUCUUUCUAAAACUUCCAUUAGAAUAGCAUUUAAUUGCCCAGAAGUAGUUCCAGGAUCUGCUCAGACCAUUUUCCUAAUGUUAAAUCUGCAUUUUCAUGUUCUUUAUUUCCUUUCAGUAUUUCAGUAUUAGCCCUCUCAGUGCCAUUUAAAUGUAUGUUUAUUCCUGUCAUGGAUAUAUAUGUAAUGUUUUUCACUUAUUUUCAGAUUAUAAUCAUCAAAGUGACAAAUUUUGAAAUAACUUAGACCCCCAGUUAGCUUUUGCAAUUAAAAGCCUAACCCCGCAGCCUUUGGGAAAUGUCAAGCUGUGCACUCUUAAUUUUUUAAUCUUCUUUCCUAAGUCAGGAAACUAGUCCCUUCUACCCGAUUGAUCACCUCAGCAGAUUUUCCUCCAAUUCUUGUUGUAAACUCAAGCUGGAGGGAGUGCAGAAGAGUUUCUCAAUGUUGAGAUGGACUAGAACAGCUCAUGUCCCAGAUCUGAAUGGGAAUGUCAUGUGGACAAAGUUUUUAUUUUUCCUUUCUUUUCAAGUAUGUUGCAUAGAGUAGAGAGGAUUAUACAUACUAUUGGGGAAAUAAGGCCCUGUAAUGGUACAUAAGGAUAGUAUGAAGACUAAAGAAUGCAUUCAUCUUAGAAAUGUCUUUUUUUUUCCCUGAAAUUGAUACAUACAGCAAGUUCAUUUCAUGAUUUUUAAUAUGUGAGAUCUCAUUUCUUUAAGUCUUCAGUCCUGGCCUUUUUCCUCCUGUUAAAUGGAGUAGCAAAUUACUUAAAAUAUGAAUUGUGGAGCCAUGUAUGACCGAAUGAAGGAUUUUCAUUCUUUUCAUCUCUUUUUUUUUCCUUAUGUGAAGCUUGUCAGAAUUACUAUUUUCAGCUAGUUUAUGUGCUGGUAGCUGAGAAGAUCUUCUGGAAGACAGUAUCUAAGAAAAGAAAUACUGGAAGGCUUAGAAAUAUGUACUCUGAAGUGCAACAAUAUAGCUAUGUGAACAAAAUCCUUAUCAAAGAGCUGUUAUGGUUUGUAUUAAAAUACUUUUUUUAAUAGUAUCUCUAAAAAUACAUGUUCUUAAUUGCAUACUCUUUGUCUCUCUCUCCUUCCAGAUUGAUUUUCUUUUAGGAGUGACAUUUACUAGCCCUGAGAAAAGUGGAUUCUUUCCCUUACACAAGUAAUUCUGUUUAAAAUUAUUUCCUCGCAACACUUGACUUGAAAGCAGUACACAAACUUGAGCUUUAUUGAUUGGACUUGAUUUCUGAGUUUCUGUAGAAUUUGCAUCUUUACACUGAUUUGUUGCGGUACAGUGGACAUAAAGCCCCGCUGGGCAGCAAUAACACAUGCAGCAGUACAUGGCACUACUUAAAUAAUAUGCCUUUGUUGCACAUAUUUUUAAUGGUAUAAUGAGUAUAUGAAUCACCAGGAAGGCCAGGCAUUCCAAAUAACUUUCUUAGCAUGUCUUACAUUUCUAUGUUAUUUGUUGCUAAUUUUAGCCAGCUUUUGAUACUUACGUUUAGUUCUUACUGACAGUGUCUGCUCUUGCAGAUCAAAGGGCAAGAAUUGGCUUAUUCUGUUUUUUAAAAAAGUAUUAAUUCACACCAUUUGCUUAUUAAUUAAAACAGUUUGAAAAGAAAAUCUUUCUGAAAUGGUGAAAGAGAUGCGUUUUAAUGAGAACAGCUCAUAUAGGGAAACAACAGACUUGUAUCCAUACAGUUUUUGAGACAUUCUUGUCACAGAUUAUGAAUAGGCAGGACUAUGCAGAAGGAGAAGUGUAAACCCCAAACAUCAGUAACAUCCACAUAGGCAGUUUGCAAAUGAUAAAGCUAGUCUAAAGGAGAAUAUUUUAAUACAUCACUUACUUAUAAGUCCCAGAUUCACAGAAGGGCAUUUAAAUGGUUAUGAUUACAGAAUAUCAUCACAAACAUAGGAAGAUGCCCAAUUCACUGGCUCUGUUUGCUUGGAAAUACACUGCUCUCUUUGGGGUUAAUCUUUUGAGAUGCUGAACUCUGAAGAGAAGUGACCUGCAUUGUUUAAUGCUUCCAAGUUUUUGCUAAGUAAUUGGUGACACUUUAUAGAAAAGAUUGUCUGAAUUUCCAUUCUCUUUUGUUUCUCCUCAUUUCUUCCCCCCUCCUUUUUUUGUCCUUUUAUUCUUUUGCAUUACUGCUGCUGUUCGUUGCUCUGCCUUGCCUGCCUCCCUCUCUUGAUGACAGUUCUUUACAGUCCACUUUUUUCUUCCUUGGUUUUUGUUUUGCUUUAUGUUCUGUUUCUAUCCAUGUUUUUAUUUGGAUAUGCACCCUACUGUGUCCUGAGUGGUAACAAGAAGAAUCACGAUCUCUUUCCUAUCCCUGUCUCUCCUCUGAGCUCUGUGCUAUUUUCUGGGUUGAUGUAGUUCCCCUGUGCUUUUCUACUGCAGUCCAUCCUUCCUGUUUCUUUCCCACUUUUGGUUCUUUUAAUCCUUUCACUUUUAAUUAUGUCUUUCAUUUUCUCUGAAUCUUUCUGGAACUCUUCCCUUUUGCCUUUCCAGGACUACUCUCAGCUGCUUGUCCCAGAGAGCACAUACUUCUAGUCUGAGACAUCAAUGAGUGUUAUCCUCCCUGAAGAAUAAAUAACUAGCAUUUUUCCUCCCUCAUCCAUGUAUACAUUGAGCUUGCUGUUGGUCUGUAGUGGAAAAUAUAUAUUUAAUUGACAGACAGCUAUACCCAUUAUCUCCCAAAUACCUCCUUCUGCCUCAUUUUGGGUUAUGGGGAUGAGACAUAGUGUUUGCAUGAGUUUCCUGGAGCACAGCAAGGGCUGGCUUGCUUUGCCAGCCCUUCAAUCUGGCAGGUACAGAACUGCAGCAAGGUUGGGCAAAAGACACUUUGCCAGGCCAUUGGGCUGCAUUUGUAUUUCAGUAUGGGAAAUAUUGAGGCCCAAGGUAGUAUGUAACCUUUUAGAUGAUUUGUUACAACCUGAAGCUGAAGAAUAGGUGAGGUGAAGAGGGUCCAUUGCUAAUGGAGGAGCAGGACUGGGAAUCAUUCCUCUUGGGAGCAAUUUGACUUGUCAGGUUUGUGGGAUGGGUGUGUAUGCAGCCUUACCUAGAGGCAGAGGCAAAUGGCUUGCUUUCAAGUUCCAUAAAAUCCAAGUUUAAGCAAUGUCACCAGAUAGGUUUGGGAGAAUCUUCUUGUUGGAGGAGCUUGGAAAAGUCAAUGGGAAUACAAUAAUGGAAAAGCUCAGUGGUAUCUUUGAAGGGUAGAGCCUGUGUUAGAGAGGGAGCGUAUGUGAGAGAGAUGCAGGAGGGAGCAGAGCACAAGACUAAACAGGACAAGGAAGAGUAGGGAGAAAGUCAGUGUUACCAGUGUGUAUGAUUUUGCCCUGAGUUUUUGAUUUUGUUUUGCUUAAGCCUUGGAGCUUAGUUUAAUUCAUAAUGGUAACUGUUUUCAGUUUUGCUGGUUGCAUACAGAGACUUUAAACGAUGAGUCUAAACUGAUGCAGCACCAGGAGCAUGCAAAAUCAUCAACAUUUCUACCUAUAAUUUAAGACUUACAGCAACAUCCUACUUGAGGUGCAUGGAAAAGAGGUUGCUUCCCAGGAGCCAGGAUGUAUGCAUGUGUACUCCAGAGGUAGCUCCAAUGUAAGUUUACUUCUGAGAUGAUUGUAGGGCAUUUGCUGAUGGUGUUCCUUCUUAGCACAGCACUGAGCUAGGAAGCAAGGGAGGAGAAUUAUUUUAUCGGGUCUGUGUCUUGGAUUUAUACCGCUUAAAUGUAAUUUGCUGGAAUCCCUCUAUGAGCUGUAAUUUUAUAACGUUUAGAGAGGAUGAGUUGGUAUAGUAUUCCUGCGGGUAAACACCAGCCACUGGAGUUUACUGAACAUAUGACUAGAAAUUUUAAUUUUAGGAAGACAGAGUUCCUCCAUUUCAUAUACACACCAGGCAUUUGAGUACAGCUCCUUUUUUUAUUUGUCACUGACAAGCUAUGAUUUAUUUCCUCAUGGGUGUAAGUCAUGGGCUGCGCUUAGUGCCAUGCAGAAGGCUCUGGAGGGAAAAAUGUAAUCAAAUGGAGACAUAUACUUGAAUUCUCCCUUUGAUCCCAGCCUCUUCUGAGUUGCUUUUCUCCGAUUGUGGUUCUGCCAGUAAGAUGGGGUGAUGUCAAAAGGGGAUUAACUCAUUUUUAUACUCUUCUGUGUAGCUGAGAAAAAAAUACAAGAAAAAAUUUGCAGAGGAAUAGCAGAUUGGAAGAGGUGGGGAACAUCAGCUGUCAGGGCACUUUGGGAAGCUUUCACUUUUGUGCUUUACUUACCACUUAUUUUUACAAAUAUGUACAACUUCUGUGAUUUACCUUUCCAUUAACCAUAGAUAUGUUUCUUUGCAAAAGGGGAGGUGGUUCUAAAGAACAUCACACUAGUGAUGCAUUGCAAGUGUGGUCUUAGGAGACAUCAGCUAUUGCCCUUCCUCACCCAAAUGAAAUUAUCAUAGUAUCAUUGCUCUGUAUUUAUGAAGCUGCACUAGGAAUAUCAAUUCACCCUGGAUUAAGUAGUGGAGGAAGACUUGGAGAGAUAAUGAGAGUUGGAAUGGGAGAAUUUUCCAUUUUAAGAGUAAAGGAUGAAUGCUGGCAUAUUUACAGUGCAUCUGUGGCUGUUUGCAGCACAGGUGGGUCCAAAAUCUCACAUUCCAGACUUGGACAGAUAAAUCAUACAGAUUUUGCUGGCGCUACUCUUAUGAACAAAAGGAGAAAAAAUUGGUAAUUAAACGUAGCCCAAAUCAUAUUUUUUGGCUAAUUAGAGCUACAGCUCUUGGUAAAGAUAUGAAAGUCAAUAAAAUAAAAACUAGACUUGACAUACUUCUUGUGAAGAUUCACAAAGCAUUUCUGGCUACCCUGUUGUUCAUGCGGAGCAUUGUUUAUUCGGCAUUACAGGGCCAAAUUCUACCCUAAUUUAUGACUGUGCAGUUCCACAGACUUUGUCAGUUCAGCUUUCUGUUACAGAAGAAAGGCACUCACCCACGGUGAAUUUGAAAUGCAGCUGCAGGCUAAAAUCAGUUAUCUCACUGCAUCUGUACUCACACAGGUGACUGGCUGAUUUUCACUUGUAAUUCUUAUUCUCAUGGUUAGCACAAGAGUAUUUUGGGUAGAUGUAAGCUAAUUACAACCAAGGCAGAACUUUUAGUUUUUGAACUACUUGCAACUGCUUUUCCAGAAUAUGAUCAGCAAAUGCUUAACACUGUGUUUCUAACCAUAUUUCUGACAAAGGGGCCCCUCCAAUCUGUGUAAAGGCUCUUAGUUGCCGUAAGUAUGCUAUAGUCCAUACCUUUAACAUACAUGACUACGCAGUCCUCUCCUUUUGCCCUUGCACACAUUCUAGUAUUUGUGAAAACAGUACAUGCCUUUUCCUAAUUUUGUUUCAGGAGACCUUGACUUUGAGCAGGUUUCUUUGUAUACAAUACCAGGGCUCAAGGGAAGAAUGAAAUUAAUCCAUAACUGGUGCAUUGUCAUAAAUGGGGAAAAGUGUUAUUUGUAUAUUUUUGUAAAUAUGUAACAUUUAAUGGCAGUUUUGUAGUGACGUGCUGUUUUUGAGAAAAAAAACCAAAAACAAAUAUAUGUUUGAAUAUGCUUAAUGUAACACUUAACUGUGAUUCAAUUGCACAAUUAAUAGCUUAAUCAAAAGUCUUGUGCAAUAUGUAGUGCACACACAUAACCAAGUAUCUGUUAGUGAUCACAACCAAGUUUUUGGCAACUUUUAAUGAUGGUGAUGAACUGUGCAGUACAGAUUAUCACAGUCUCUUUCAGCUUCCAAACAUGUAGCAGACAAACUACUGUAUACGUACCUGUGUACUCCACUGCAUCCAAAGGUAUGCAUUUGUCCUGAGAACCUGCACUACAGGUUUUUCUUUAAUAAAAUUUGGUUCUAAACUA